GACCUGCCUCAGGCUCUGCUGCCACAGCCCCCUUGGCCAGCACAGCUCUGCUCCCCAGCUCGCACCAUGGAAGCUUGUCACCCGCGACAGCAAUCCAAUGUCACUGCAUAUGGGGUCUUAACUGUGGCCAUCAUCACUCUGGAGGCAUUUUCUGGGAUGUGUAUCAAUGCUUUCCUCGUUGGUGUGCUUUGCAUUGCCUGGGUCAAAAAGAAAAAUUUGAACUCUAAUGAGAAGAUCUUGCUGCUGCUGGGAUGCUCCAGGUUUUGGUAUUUGUGCAUUGCCUGGAUAUAUAAAUUUCUUUCCUUUAUUUAUCCCAAUUACCUUUAUGUUCAAACCAUACUUCAACUAGCUGUAUUUUUUGAAGCCUUUUUUAAUCAUUGCAACUUGUGGUUUUCAGCCUCUCUUUGUGGUUUUUAUUGUAUAAAAAUUGUCACUUUCAGGAACAGGUUCUUCAUCUACCUGAAAGUAAAAAUUGACAGGAUGGUGCCCUGGCUUUUGUUGGGAUCAGGGAUUUUAGCUUUGGCUGUCGGCAUCGUUGCCUAUGAUGUCGCUGAUAAACCGCACUGCAACAGCAAUUCCACAGGACAAGGAAAUUUUGGGACAGCAAAUAUCAAAAUGGAUAAACAUUUUUUCCCUUCUUUUUUUCUCGCUGGCUUUGAAUAUGCUGCUUCAUUCAUGGCAGUCAUCUUUUCUGCUGUUUUCCUUCUCUUUUCACUCUGGAGACACAAGCGCACGAUGCAGACCAACUCCAUGAAGGACCUCAGCAUGGAUGCCCACAUCAGAGCCAUGAAAUCUAUUUUCUCCUUCUUAGUGGUGUACAGCAUCAACUUUGUAUGUUUGGUCUUAAAGAUGGUUUAUGUCACAAAGAAGUUAAAUCAUAUGACAUUUCUCAUUUUAGUAUUUCAGUACAUUUUUCCAGGUCUUCACUCCCUUAUUCUGGUUUUCAGCAACCCCAAAUUAGAAAAGGCAGUGCUAAAAAUAUUUCCCUUAGAAAGAAGUGUAAAACGCAAGGUUUGCAAGAAUUAGGAAUAAAUAUCUGUAAUAAUAAAAUCUGUAGUAAUAAAAUCUGUAGCUUAUGCAAAAUGGUAAUACUACAUUAUAGAAAACAAGUAGUUUAAUCUCUAAUGCAACUUUCUAAGCAUUGUACAUGAUACAAAUGUUCUCAUCACUGAUAUUAAGAAUAUAUAAUUCAAAUACUAUGAACUAAAUUAAUGCUACUUACGCAAUAUAUUUUCAAUUAUAAUUUCAUGUAGAUAAUUAUUUGAUUUUAAUUAUUGUCAAUAACAAAGUUAUUUGGACCUGGUACGGGAGCUGGCUAUAAUAGGGUAGUUGAAAUACUGCAAACUGGCCACCAAAUGCUCUGGCAUUUUCUGAUGGAAACAACUGAAAUCAACUGCAGGGUUUCUCUGUAUUUUGGUUUACCUUUCCUUCUGUGUGGUAUAUUAUGGGCUGUAUGAGUGCCUGGCAGUGGCUGAUAGCUCAGUGUGAACACGCUGAGCCCUGACACUCCCCAGAGGUGGUCACUGAGCCACAAAGAGCGAGGCAGGAACGGCCCCGGGGAGCUCAGGGGCUGCAGAGCCCCCUUCCCACUCCAGCCCUGCGUGUCCUCUGUGCCCCACUGCCUGCAAGGACAGGAUUGCCUGCUCUGUGGGACUGCUCUCCUGGCCUGCUCUCACCUGGAGAUGAGGUUGGCUUUUCCCAGUGCACUCUAGCUCAGUGAAACACCCAAGUUUUGUUCUGAAUGAGGGAAACAGCAUGAAAAGGGAGUGGAGGAGAAAACUCACUGUGAACUGACUGCAAUUUCAUUCUCCUUCCCCUGUGCUGCUGUGGAGGAGGAGGUGGAGGAGCUGGAGAUGAAGGAGGGAAGUUGAACCUCAGAUGAAAGGGUGGUGGAGGCGGCGGGUUCUAGUUUGUGUUUAUUUCUCAUCCUCCUAUUGUACUUUUAGUAGGUAAAUAAAUUCAUUUUCUGCACAUCAAGUCUGUUUCAUCUGUGACAGUAACUGUUUAAUGAUUUCACUGUAUUUUUCUCGAUCCAUCAGUUUUCCCAUCCUAUUUUCCACCUCAUUUAUGGGUGACAGAGAAGGAACAGCUGGGUGGGCAUUUGUCUGCUCCCUGAGGUCAACCCACCACAGCAGGUGAAACAUGUAGAAUGGAGCAGAACCUGAAUUGGUCACUUCUACCAUUAGCUCAGGUCCAGAGGCAGAUUGUAAGCAGCUCUGCUGGACACAUCUCCCCUGUGAGAGACCUUGAAAGGACAAAAAGCCACACAUCCCUUCUUCCCCUGCUGCUGCUCAUGAACUUCAUCCUUUAACAUGACAAUCCCGACCACUUUCACAGGAAAGCCCUGGAAGGUCCAUCUCAUACCCUACAUCUAGUGCAACAUCCAUCCCUCCCAACCUCACAUGCCACAAGAUUCAGCAGGCAAAAUCCAGAACCUUGCAAAAAUCACCACAUAAAACACCACAGUCCCAGUGAAUCACACUGCAGAUCCCUCCUUCCAUCCCCAUGAAAAUGUGACAGCCAGCACAGAAUCCCACUCCUGUGCACCAGCCCCACUCAGCUGGCACUGCAGGGGACAGGGUGUCCAUCAGCACAGCCACCCUGCACAGCCCAUGGGGACAGAUGCAGGAUGUGCCCAGCCUGGAGAAGCUGACACAUGACAGGUGCCACAACUCAAUGGUAAUGGCUGCCCCGUGCUGGCACAGUAUGGAAAACUGCUCUGAGUCACAUUCCAAGUCUUUAUGACUGAGAAGUGAAAGUGUUAAAAAUGCUUUUGCCAUGGGAAGCAUUGAUGAGCAGAAGCAGAACUCAAUAACACUUGCACACCAUUUCUAUUUGCAGAAACAUGAAUAUGGCUGGGGACAAUGCUAAAAAAAGGCAGUGCUCCAGUACCCUUGGUAGUCACAGCUGUCUGAAAGCAGCAAGGAAGGAGCACAUUUUCCCUUUAGCUGGGCCAGGAAUGGAAGAUUCAGGCUGUUGGACCCAUGUGUCAAGUGAAAUAUUAGCAUUAAUAUCUCAGCUUUAUCCAGAAGAAGCAAGUACAUCUCACUUCCAAGAAAUGAGACAGGCAUCACCAGAGGCUGCAAGUCCAUGUAGAGCCUCCUGGUUGACUCAGUGACAGAAGUAAAGAUGCAAAGGCCACAGACAUCAGCAGAGCAAGCAGAACCACAAUCCAAGAUGCUUUUG